AGAAUUAGAAGGGACAACUACUCACCUCUAAAUGAUGGGGUUGAUUAAACGGAAACGAAAUGAACGAACGGUUGACAACAUUGAACGACAAAUGGUUUCUCGUGGACUCCUCCUUCUCUUCUUCCUCCUCGUCUACUCGCUGGAAUCACCUCUUGGGCUGCUGUGGUUGGCCGAAAAUGCAAUGGCAGAGGAAGAGAGUGGAGUGUAUUACGCACAACAAAAGGGAGAAACCAAAGGAAAAGAGCUUGGGAGGCAUUUAUCAACCGAAGAGUUCACUCCUUUUAUUCACUGUGAUGGCUAGGCAUGCCGCCAAAGCUUGCCAAAUCCUAGAACGUGAAAUUCAAAGUCUUACCCAAGCACAGUCAACAUGAAGCAAUGUAUGAGAAAGACAACACCUGACGAAAGAAUAACAAAGCCAAAGGUGGAAGAGAAUUGAUGGUCGCGGCAUGCGACGAUGCCAUAAAGCUACCAAUAAGAG